GUUUACAUAAAGGAAGCACUGGAACUUGUGGCCACACCCUUCAAGAAUAAAAAAAUUUAGAAAAUGGAACCACCAUGUAUGCCAUGUGAAGAACAACAAAAGCCAGAACCACAGAAGAGCAUAGAAGAAACCAAACAAGUAGAUGAUGAAGAUGCUGAACUGAUCUUUGUUGGGGUGGAACAUGUAAAUGAGGAUGCUGAGCUGAUCUUUGUUGGGAUGACCUCAAAUGCAAAGCCAGUCGUUUCAAACAUAUUGAACAGAGUUACUCCAGGUUCACGUUCAAGGAGAAAAAAGUAUGGUCACUUCAGAAAAGAUCACGCUCACCAAGUGCAGCCUGUAAGUCAUGUGAAACCUACGUCAGAAGCAGUGACUGUCUUGCCAGUUUCUGACUCUGAGUCAAGAUCAACCGAUAGUCCUAUUAUUAUUGAACCUUUGUCUAAAGCUGAUUAUAAAAAUAAUUCACCACAGGUCGUGCCUAAUAGCUCUUCAGAGUUAUGUUCUCCUUUGAUUACCUUCACAAGUUCAUUGCAGCAUCCAGUAGGAACAGCACUUUCUGCAGGAGGUAUGGAUAAAAGUCCUCGCGUAUCAAAGCGACUUUCCACUUCUGAAACAAAUAGCACAAAUCCUAAAAGGCCUAAACUCAGUGAUGGACUCAUAGGAGGACAUUCUUUAGCUUUGUCCCCUUCAGGUAUCUUUCAUACAAUGACUACUCAGCAGAGCACACCCUCACACAGUGUUCAUACCUCAUUAAGCCGUGUUCAGAAUGGAGAACCUUGUCCAACAGCUUUUCCAAAGGACAGUAUUCAUUGCAAGCCUAUAAGUCCUUUUGGGGAAAACGGACUGGCAAAAACAGACUUUUCAAGUCUAGCAAGUCAAAACAAGACUGUUGGUCCCACAAAAGGAAAUCCGGUCGUGUUACUUCGUGACUUUUACUAUGGACAGCAUACGGGAGACGGGCAGCCAGAGCAGAAGACUCAUACAACCUUCAAAUGCUUCCGCUGCUUGAAAGUUUUAAAGAAUGUCAGGUUUAUGAAUCAUAUGAAGCACCAUCUGGAGCUUGAGAAGCAGAGGAGUGACAGCUGGAAAAACCACACCACCUGCCAGCACUGCCACCGCCAGUUCCCCACCCCCUUCCAGCUGCAGUGUCACGUUGAAAGUGUCCACACUUCCCAGGAGACCUCCGCAGUCUGUAAAAUCUGUGAGUUGUCCUUUGAAACAGAUCAGGUUCUCUUACAGCACAUGAAGGACAAUCAUAAGCCUGGCGAAAUGCCCUAUGUGUGCCAGGUUUGCAAUUACAGAUCGUCAGCCUUUGCUGAUGUGGAAGCACAUUUCAGAACAUACCAUGAAAACACUAAGAAUUUGCUUUGCCCAUUUUGUCUCAAAAUUUUCAAAACUGCAACACCAUACAUGUGUCAUUAUAGAGGACACUGGGAAAAGAGUGUUCACCAGUGUUCUAAAUGCCGGCUACAGUUUUUAACUUUCAAGGAGAAAAUGGAGCACAAGACCCAGUGUCAUCAAAUGUUUAAGAAGCCUAAGCAACUAGAAGGAUUGCCUCCUGAAACAAAAGUUGUUAUUCAAGUGUCACUGGGACCUCUUCAACCAGGAUCAGUGGAAGUAGCAUCCAUUACUGUGAACACAUCUGAUUCUGAACCAUCACCCCUGAAGUCUAAAAGUAGAAUUUCAAAAAAACCCCAUUAAUUCUGCUUUCAGUAAAUCUGAAGCAAGUAUUUCAAAGUUAAAAACGCCAUUAAAAACAGAAAAUCCAAACCAUAACAUUAUUCAAUAGCAUCAAAUAUAGUGAAACCA